AUGAGACUCGCUUCCCGGAAACAACGUCACGAGCAGCUGCUUUUUGAAAAAUUCCCGCUUCCGGUCAGCUCUUUCUUUUUCUUGCAGCGUGGCUGAAGCUGGAUCGUGGAUGCGCGCUGGGCUCGGUGAGGAGAUCUCGGCUAAGCUUAGGGGAGGCUUUUGGUGUCUGCAGAGAGAUGGGAAGCAGAAACUAAAAGAAGAGGCGGGUGUUUAUUUUACUAUGAAAUAAAGUCAGAAAAGCCUAUUUCCGAAUUAAAAAUUAAGAUAGUGCGGGUGCGUGUUUCCCCCCCCUCUUUUCCUUUUGAUUAUUUUGCUCUUUUUACACAUUAACUUUGUUUGGGUUUUUUAUUGCAUUAUAUGUUGGAAACCCUUUAUAAAAUCGAUUUAAAAAGGAAGGAAGGAAGAAAAACAUAUGACUUUUUUCAGGAUUUGAAGUUACUGGGGGUUUGGGAAGCAUCCGCGCACCAAUAGCAACAUAUUUUAAGGUGAUUCCAGAGCAGAGCCUCUUUCUACAGAUUUCUGCUAUUGCACCGCGAGGUAAAAGGGGGAAUUUCAACGGCGGGUCUAAAGCGCCCCCACAAAAGGGUUUAAUCUCCUUUGCAAGUUUCCUAGCCUGGUGUGGUGGUCUGUGUCCCCCGUCUUUUCAACUUUUGAUUUCCCCAUUCCCCAGGAUGUUACAAAAGUGAGGCAGAGAGAAAGAAAACUUUUAUCAAAAUAAGGCACAGGGUUGGAUUUUAAACGGAAAGCUGUAACUGAGAAUGGGAGUGUGCCUACCCAGACAUAUAUUUUAAUAUGAACUUGUAUUAUAUCAUGUACAUUGAGUACAACUCAAUCUGGCUGAGUUUCUGAAGGCGAUAGCUAUUGCUACUGGUUAUGCUCUGCCUCCAGCUCUGCUUUUGAAUAUCAGUUGCUGAGAAUUGGGAGAGAGUUUCUUUUUUAUAUAUAAGAUAUUUAUUAAGCUUUUUUAAAGUAUUACAAUAAAAAUGAAAAAAAUAACAAAAAUACAAAAUAAAAAUAGUUAAAAACACACAGAUUUUCCAUUGCUUAUUUUCCUUUAACUUGUUUCCCGGACCUCCUCAUACCUCCCUUUUUUGUAUUCCAGUUCAAUUUGUUGGUUCAGCAAAUCCCUACCCUCUUUAUUUAUCCUAAUCUUUAGUCUUAAAAUAGUAACGUUAAAUUUUUACCUAUUAGCAACCCAUUUUUCAUAAUCCCUUAAAGCAUUACAGCUGGAAACCACUUAAUUUCUAUCCAACAUCAUUCUAACAUUCAUUAAUUUUACAAUAAUUCUGUAGAUAGUCUUUGAAUUUCUUCUAAUCUUCUUCCACCGACUCUUCUCCCUGGUCUCAGAUUCUGCCAGUCAUUUCUGCCAGUUCCAUAUAGUCCAUCAGCUUCAUCUGCCAUUCUUCCAGAGUGGGUAGAUCUUGUGUCUUCCAAUACUUUGCAAUGAGUAUUCUUGCUGCUGUUGUGGCAUACAUAAUAAAGGUUCUAUCCUUCUUUGGCACCAAUUGGCCGACUAUGCCCAGGAGAAAGGCCUCUGGUUUCUUCAAGAAGGUAUAUUUAAAUACCUUUUUCAGUUCAUUAUAUAUCAUUUCCCAGAAAGCCUUAAUCCUUGGGCACGUCCACCAAAGGUGAAAGAAUGUACCUUCAGUUUCUUUACAUUUCCAACAUUUGUUAUUGGGCAAAUGAUAAAUUUUUGCAAGCUUGACUGGGGUCAUGUACCACCUGUAUAUCAUUUUCAUAAUAUUCUCUCUUAAAGCAUGACAUGCCGUAAACUUCAUACCUGUGGUCCACAACUGUUCCCAGUCAGCAAACAUAAUGUUAUGUCCAAAAUCUUGUGCCCAUUUAAUCAUAGCAGAUUUCACCGUUUCAUCCUGAGUAUUCCAUUUCAACAGCAAGUUAUACAUCUUUGACAAAAUCUUAGUUUUGGGUUCUAACAGUUCUGUUUCUAAUUUUGAUUUUUCCACCUGGAAGCCAAUUUUCUUGUCCAAAUUAUAUGUCUCCAUUAUCUGAUAAUAAUGAAGCCAGUCUCGCACUUUAUUUUUUAGUUUCUCAAAACUCUGCAGUUUCAGUCUAUCGAGAAUUGGGAGAGAGUUUCUGUUGCGUUCAGUUCCUGCUUGUAGGCUUCCCACUAGAGGCAACUGGUUGUCCCCCUGUAAGAACAAGGGACCCUCUUUUGGCAUUAAGUGGUUCAUAAAUAAUCCUAAAAUAUGGACCUUUGGUCUGACGGAGCAAGGCUCUUCUGGUGGUCAAUAUAUUUUUGUAACGCGAGCUGCCCUAAAUUGAGUAAAUGAUGUUUUAGUCUUGCAUCUAAUCACAGUCACUCUUGUUUUCCCCCUGCUUUCCUUAGUGCUGCACUGUUUCUGCGAGGUGACCCAUGGCGGAUCAAAGCCCCACAGUUCACUUCUUGUGGAAGUUGAGGAUUUUUAAGGGAGGCCCAUCUCCUACUCUCCUUUUUUAUAUAUAUUUUUCAAAUUAAAAAUUUACAGAGAUAUAUCAAACAUAAAUCAUAAAAACAAUAUUCCAGGGAAUCUCCUGGGCUUCCAUCCUCCCCUUUGUGGGUCCUAUUAUUAAUCAUUUCUUCCUGCAUCUUUUAUGACAGCCCAAACCUAUUACCUCUUCAAUUUUGUCCAGAAUUAACCUUAAACUACAAGUGAUAUUGCAAUCCUACUAACAAUUUUAACUGUUUACAAUGGUCUUUAAGAUAAGUUAUAAGUUUUGCCCAUUCCUUAUUAAAAUUUUGGUCUUCCUGAUUACUGACUCUUCUGGUCAUUUUAGCCAUUUCAGUGUAGUCCAUUAACUUCAUCUGCCAUUCUUCUCUGGUAGGAACUUUAUCUUCUUUGCAGCUCUGGGCCAGUAACAUCCCUGCAGCUGUGGUCACGUACAUAAAUAGUCUUUUCUGCUGCUUUAGGAUAAAACUUCUCUGUUUUAUCGUGUUUUUAAUAUUCUGUUGGGAGCCACACAGAGUACAUUAUUAUUUAUUAUUUUCCAUUUCCCACCUUAUCCCUGUAGAGCAGGAGAAGGGCAGCUGAGACUUCCUCUGAAAUAAAUAUGGUGUCUUUAAGGUUCUUCCCCAAUAUAUAAAAAUAUAUAAUCCAAUCAUGGAAUAGGGAUGCUUAUUGAGGGCUUGAUUGGACCCAACACUAUUGCUCUGCCCUAAAAGGUCUCCUUUCUCUUUCUCUUUCUCUCUUGGAGAUGGCAUCUCAGGUGGCGGCUGUGAGCUCCCCCAUGGCAAGCCAGGCUUUGUGUUAUGUCGAGAGAAGGCCGCUGGCCUCUGAAAUCCAGCGAGGAGAUGGUGAUGAGAAGGCCUCCCUCUAUCAGAUCCUGCUUGAGCUCAUGGAUGCUGUGAAUCGCCUUCCUGAGCCGACCUCAGCUGGAUCUCCUUCCUGCCCUUCAGGAAGCUCAGAGGCUCCUUGGAGCCUGCAAUGUAUGUACUUUAUAACCUGGGGCCUCAAAUCUUCUCCCCUUCAGAGUCACUUCAGAUGGCUGAAAAUUCCUGAGGCCCCCCCUGACAUGAAAUGACAGUGCAGGGGCGGAGCUCAUCAGAUAACCAGUGCUAUAUGGAGGCAGCGUGUAGUGUAAUUGGGUGCAAAUGACUGGCAUAAUUGUCUGUGGAUACCUAUUCCAUCUUUGGACAUUUGCUAAAUUCUCUGCCUUGCUGUUUUUCCCCCUUGUGGCAAGGAGUUCUGUAGGUCAGCUUCCUGAAGUUAAGUACAGCCAUUUGCACGUAUCUUUACUCAUCCCCUAUACUUUAUUGACCUUAAUUUUUAGGGUUGUAAGUUGUUUUGAAUCGUUUUAAUAUUGCGUUUAGGUGCUGUAACUGUCCCUUGGACCUUUGAGUGAAGGGUAGGAAAUAAAUAAGUAAAUAACAUUCUCCUUUCACACUCAACCUUAUUUUCCUUCACCCAGCUCCCGUUGCCAGUUCCUUCCAUCCUUCGGCCUUGGCCCAGUAUACCUGAAGGAGCGUCUCCACCUCCAAUGUUCAACCUGGGCACUGAGGUCCAGCUCUGAGGGCCUUCUGGCAGUGCCCUCACUGCGAGAAGUGAGGUUACAGGGAACCAGGCAGAGGGCCUUCUCAGUAGUGGCACCCGCCCUGUGAGUCACCCUCCUGUCAGAUGUCAAGGCAAUAAACAACUACAGUGGUGCCUCGCAAGACGAAAUUAAUCCGUUCUGCGAGUCUCUUCGUCUUGCGGUUUUUUCGUCUUGCGAAGCACGGCUAUUAGCGGCUAUUAGCGGUUUAGCGGCUAUUAACGGCUUAGCGGCUUUAAGAAAAAGGAAACAAACUCGCAAGAACUCGUAAGACGUUUCGUCUUGUGAAGCAAGCCCAUAGGAAAUUCGUCUUGCGGAAUGACUCAAAAAACGGAAAACUCUUUCGUCUUGCGCUUUUUUCGUCUUGCGAGGCAUUCGUCUUGCGAGAUACCACUAUAUCUGACUUUGAGAAGACACCUGAAGGCAGCCCUGUUUAGGAAGUUUUUAAUGUUUGAUGUUUUCUCCUGUUGGGAGCUGCCCAGAAUGGCUAGGGAGGCCCGGCCAGAUGGGCGGGGUAAAAGUAAUAAAUUAUUAUAUUACUAUUCCUCUCUGGUCCUUUUGCAUUCACUUCCUCCCGUAUCAGCUCCCCUCUUUUACUCUCUUCUUUCCUGUUCCAUGUUUGUUACUUUAUUAUUACUAUAGUAAAUAUUUUACUUUUCUCUCUCUCUCCUAGAGGAAGUUGUGGAUGAACCAGUUUCUUCUGGGGAGGAGCCAAAAGCCCCCAGUGAAGCCACAGAUGCCCACAGAGAAGGGAGAUCCUGUGAAAGUUCAGAAGUCGCAAAGGCCUUGCUCAACAUCUACUUGGGGCACUGCUGGGGCUUGGCCCACAUCUGACGGCUCCUUCAACGAUAACCUUCUCUCCAGACCCUGA